GGGGCGGGGCGCGCGCCGAGCUGCGGCCGCUCCGGACAUGUCGGGCCCGCGCGCCGGCUUCUACCGGCAGGAGCUGAACAAGACGGUGUGGGAGGUGCCGCAGCGGCUGCAAGGGCUGCGCCCGGUGGGCUCGGGCGCCUACGGCUCCGUCUGGCCGCCUUGCAGCUCGGCCUAUGACACGCGGCUGCGCCAGAGGGUGGCGGUGAAGAAGCUGUCGCGCCCCUUCCAGUCGCUGAUCCACGCGCGGAGGACGUACCGCGAGCUGCGGCUGCUCAAGCACCUGAAGCACGAGAACGUCAUCGGGCUGCUGGACGUGUUCACGCCGGCCACCUCCCUCGAGGACUUCAGCGAAGUGUACCUGGUGACCACGCUGAUGGGCGCCGACCUGAACAACAUCGUCAAGUGCCAGGCGCUGAGCGACGAGCACGUUCAGUUCCUCGUGUACCAGCUGCUGCGCGGGCUGAAGUACAUCCACUCGGCGGGGAUCAUCCACCGGGACCUGAAGCCCAGCAACUUGGCUGUGAACGAGGACUGCGAGCUGCGGAUCCUGGACUUCGGGCUCGCGCGCCAGGCGGACGAGGAGAUGACUGGCUACGUGGCCACGCGCUGGUACCGGGCCCCUGAGAUAAUGCUGAACUGGAUGCACUACAACCAGACAGUGGACAUCUGGUCAGUGGGCUGCAUCAUGGCCGAGCUGCUCCAGGGAAAGGCCCUCUUCCCAGGAAAUGACUACAUCGACCAGCUGAAGCGCAUCAUGGAGGUGGUGGGCACACCCAGCCCUGAGGUUCUGGCAAAGAUAUCCUCAGAACAUGCCCGGACCUACAUCCAGUCCCUGCCCCACAUGCCCCAGAAGGACCUCAGGAGCAUCUUCCAUGGAGCCAACCCCCUGGCUGUGGACCUCCUGGGAAGGAUGCUGGUGCUGGACAGCGACCAGAGGGUCAGUGCAGCCGAGGCCCUGGCCCACGCCUACUUCAGCCAGUACCACGACCCCGAGGAUGAGCCCGAGGCCGAGCCCUACGACGAAAGCGUUGAGGCCAAGGAGCGCACGGUGGAGGAGUGGAAGGAGCUCACCUACCAGGAAGUCCUCAGCUUCAAGCCCCCAGAGCCACCGCAGCCGCCUGGCAGCCUGGACGUUAAGCAGUGAGGGGAAUGCGGCUCGCCAGCUGCACUCGGACCCGAGGAGGGGCCUGAGGCCGCCUGCCCUCCCGCCUCGGCCUGCCAGACUCCCACGAGGGGCACCUCCCAACACCACUGCGGCCAGCAGCGCCCACCCCUGGCCUGGGACCCUUGUCUACAUGCCGCUCCUUGUGGGAAGCCUGCACGUGUGUGAGCCACGGGUGUAGGAGUCUGGAUAGAGCAUCCUGGACUUCCUUGGUCCUCCUACCCCCUCCCAGCAACCUGGGUCUCCUUUGGGACCUCGCUAUGGGGGACCUGGGUGCCAUAAGAGCUCCCCCCUGGGGAGUGUGUCUGUUUCCAGAUCUCCUGGCUCGCAGAGGGCUGUCUGUGGGGGGCGGUGCCUUGGGGCUGGAGCCUCCUGGAGACAAAGGAAGGGGUCUCGAUGGUCAGAGCUGCUCAGCCUGGAAGUGGGGGGCUACCCUGGAAAGUGCUGAGACUCAAAGGAUCUUCCAUGGGGGUGGCAGAGUGGGGACAGCUGCCUGGAGCCAUGUGUUCACCUAUGCUGUGUGGCACAUACGUGCUCCUGGAAUUCACAUGUCAAAGCAGAUGCAGGCGCAUGUGAACCUGAGGGCACCUGAGGGCCAGUGGCCAUGACCAGCAGGAGGCCCAAGUUGGGGUGGCUCUACUGUUGCCUCCCCUCCUCUCAGUUCCUGGUGUGGGUGGGGACGGGGCAUUGCUGAGAUCCUGCUGGGCAGCAUGCAAGGGGCUCAGGUGGCCGUGGGCAGCCAUGUGGGCAAAAGCCCCCUGCUCCUUGGAUGUGAGGGCUGCAGCAGGGUUCUGAGGCAUGAGGGCACCGUGCCAGCUGGGGGGCUGGCAGGCACGGGGGCCUCCAGCCUUGAGGACACACACGCCGAUGUGGAUCCGGAUCCUGGACCUUGGCCAGAGCUGAUGAAGAAAUCUCUGCCCACUCUACCUCUGCCCACGCUCUGGCCCUGCAGCCCGGCGCUGGGGUGCUCAAGUCUGUGGGUCAGCCCUUGUCCUCUUCCCGCCUUCCAGAGUGGAGCUGACCUGGCGACCUCUGGAACAGGGCCCUGCUCCAGGCGUGUGGGAGGUGUGGGUCCUCCGUCAAGGGGCGUCUGUCAGGUGGUGACCUCUCACCUUGCAGGACCAGGGAGGUCUGAAUGCCAAGUGCCUGCCCCAGGGUUUCGCAAUAAAGUUCCCCUCUCACUCGG